AUGGCGGAUGGGGGAAUGCUACCUAUGGCAGAAGUCGGAUUUGAUUUUAUUCUUCCGCAUGGUAUUGACACUGACGAUGAUGUCGCAACAUCAGAAAUAAAUGCUUACAAGUCUGCGAACCCUUCACCUGAUCAUGAAAUGAUGGAAGACAUCCAGCAGACAAGUAAGCCGGACGAUGGUCUGGCUAUCACUGAGGCGAACGUCGACCAGCACGAAGCCAGCUUCGACAUGCUUCAAGAGAGGUUUCCUGAAGAUGUUUGUGCUUCCGAGGCGCCUAAUUGCUCUGGUUCUGAAGUUCCCAAAAACAAAAAGUCGCGCAGGACUGACGACGACGAACAAGACAACAACGAAAGGAGUAAGAAGCCUCGCCAGUCGCUAUUCGGUCCACAAAUGGAAGACCCAGAAGGAGAUGGUCUCGAUGACCUGUUUGAAGAACAGCCAGGAGACCUUCUGAACCAGGAGAACGACAUGAAUGAGCCUGGAAUACCAGAAACUGUAUAUCCCAGUCGUCAGAAUGUAGAGAUGUUCUCAAUACCACAAAAGUCCUCAUCAACAGACCCAUGGCUAUCAACGCUGCGUCUUCGGCGAGACAACCUUUGUCUCUGUGAGCACUGUCGCGACGAAGGCGAUGAAUGCCAACUGAUUGUCCCGGCGACCAGAAAAGGUUCAUGUAAGCAGUGCGUUGACGGGAAUGAUUACUGCUCUUUCGAGGAUGAGCCGGACCAGAUCAUCUGCGACAAUUGUCUAAACAGAGUACAUAUCUGCCAUGCACUGCCUCCCGAGGGUUAUCGCAAUGACAGGAUAAGCAUCGACGAGAUCAUGUACGGCGAGAACAAGCGACACAUCGCCUGUACCAGUUGCCGUCAGGGAAAGAAGCGCUGUAGUCUCAAAAAGAAGACUGAUAAGCCGCCCUGCAAGAACUGCAAGAAGAACGAGAUUGGCUGUACCUUCUACGAUAUUCCAAAGAAGGCCCCGAAAAAGAAGGCUAGUAAGGGCAAGCGACCCGCUAAAGAUGAUUCACCUGAGCCCACUCCUUUGAGUCAUGCCUACUUCACCGCCGAAGAUCUCGAGGACUUGAAUAACACAGAUCAGCGGAUAAUAUCUCGGUCACCAACACCGGAGAUUGAACUGGAAGACACCGCGGGGCACAGGGGGGUACUGACGAAGAUUAACACCAGCUUUUCCCACCCCAUAAAGUUCGGUAUGAUCGAAAACACCUCCGAUUGCAACUUUUGUGAGCUUCCCAUCUACAGCUUCGUAGGCUUGUUUGAGAAGGAAGUCCAUGUAAUCUGCUGGGAAAACGGACAAGGAUACACUGAAGUAGGCGGCGGCCACAUGGAGAAAAACGGCCCGACAACUAUGUGUCAAUACUGCACGACGAGUUUCAGAGGCACUAUCUCAGGCUUCGAAGAGGCAUUGUACGACCUCUUUGAAUUCGCAGAUGAACCUUAUGAAAUCAAGAAGCAGCUCCAACAGUGGUGCUCCAUGUGCUUCUCUCCUGCGGCCUUUGCCUGUCGCACUCGACAAGCAGCAUUUCUCUCACCUGAUGACACCAGAGAGUUGAUUGAUGGUUGUGGGUUGAAGCUUUGCACCCGCUGCGAAGAACAGCUUAGGGAAGUCUUUGGCGGCGACAGCAGCGUCAUGGCGGCUACACUUGACCUUGAACCCAAAGCAAAGGAAUUAGAUAACGACGUUCAGGGGCUGGUUAUUAGGGCGGACGUAGGCUUUUUGUCCAGCGAAGGUAUACUGAUGAAGAAUCUGGAGUAUGAGUUGGAAAAGAAGCGUCUGCAGAAUGAGGCGGACGAAGGCAACAUCUAA